ACCGCUUCAAGAAAUCCGUUAGGCGCAUAAAAGUCUUGGCCUUCUCUCUUUACACUAAACUGUAACUCAGAAUAUCUUCGCCCUUUCUCUGCCCCAAAAAUAAAACCCCCAAAAUCUCCAAAUCCUUUCAGAGAAAUUCGAACUUUACGCUUUUUUGCAGGGCAAGGAUCAUCCAAAAGAUUGAAGAUGGUAAUUUAGUGAAGUAGGCAAAAACAGUGAAAGAAAGGUCAGGGUUAGUGGAAGAAGUAGAGUAGAACCGGAGAAGCAGAAGGCAUUGACUGAAACGAUGUCGGCUUUGGCGGAAAAGGCAGAUUCGCCAUUGAAGAAGAAGCCACCGAGCUGGUCGGACAUUUGGCUCAAAAACACCAAGCCGUUGAAGCAUGUGGUGUUCACUAUGCCCCUUCAGUCUUUAUCUCCGAAAGACCCCAAAUCCCAAACCUUAAUCCCAACUUUCGCCAACAUUGAUCGAACCCUUCUCUUGUCCGACGAGCUCCUCCUACAAAUCCUUCCAAAGCUGCCGCAUUUGCAACGGAACCCUAACUCCCUCGUCUGCAAGCGGUGGCUCAAUCUCCAAGGCCGCCUUAUACGGUCCUUAAAGAUCCUGGAUUGGGAUUUUCUUGAAUCUGGGCGGUUAUUCACGAGGUUUCCCAACUUGACCCACGUGGAUUUGCUCAACGGCUGUUUGUUAUCGCCGCGAGAUUCUGGGAUUCUGUUGACUCAUCGGCUGGUUUCUAUGCAAAUGGGUUCUGGAUUUUGUUCUAAUCGCAAGUUUCUGGAAGAAGAUCUAUUGCCUGUCGAAGUUGUUGACAAAGGGCUGCAAGCACUUGCCAAUGGCUGUCCAAAUCUUCGAAGGCUUGUGGUGAUUAACGCCAGUGAGUUGGGACUGCUAACGGUGGCCGAAGAAUGUUUGACUUUGCAAGAAUUGGAGUUACACAAGUGCAACGACAACGUUUUACGUGGGAUUGCGGCGUGUGAGAAUUUGCAAAUCGUGAAACUCGUUGCCAACGUUGAUGGACUCUAUAGUUCGUCGGUUACCGACAUUGGUUUAACCAUCCUAGCUCAAGGGUGUAAAAGGUUGGUUAGGCUUGAGCUUAGUGGAUGCGAAGGGAGUUUUGAUGGGAUUAAAGCGAUUGGGCAAUGCUGUUUGAUGCUUGAAGAAUUGACUAUUUGUGAUCAUAAAAUGGAUGAUGGAUGGUUGGCUGGGUUGUCUUACUGUGAGAACUUGAAGACUUUGAAGUUACUGUCUUGUAAGAGGAUUGAUCGGAGUCCGGGCCGCGAUGAGUAUUUGGGGUUUUGUCCUGCUCUCGAACGGUUGCAUUUGCAGAAAUGUCAGUUGCGGAGCAAGAAGAGUGUGAGAGCACUGUUUAGAGUAUGCGAAGCUGUGAGAGAGAUUGUUAUUCAGGACUGCUGGGGAUUGGAUAAUGAUAUGUUCAGGUUUGCAAGUGUUUGCAGGAGAGUGAAGCUGCUAUCUUUAGAAGGAUGCUCGUUGUUGACAACUGAAGGUCUGGAAGCGGUGAUUCUUUCAUGGCAGGACCUUGAAAAUCUUAUAGUGGUAUCAUGCAAGAACAUAAAUGAAAGCGGCAUAUCUCCUGCACUUGCAACUUUGUUCUCCAUUCUGAAAGAGUUGAGGUGGAGGCCGGAUGUGAAAUCACUGCUUGCAUCGAGUCUUGUAGGAACCGGCAUGGGAAAGAAAGGUGGUAGAUUUUUCAAGAGGACAUAAGGUGCAGAAUUUCACUGCUGAUGUUACUCUACUUCUAACUUUGUAAGAUAAAGAGUUUCUGUAAGACCAAUAAGGUGGGGUAUUAACUAGGUUGGCCAACAAAACAGAGGGUGCUCAUGUGACUCUCAAAUGUGGAUGUACUCUUUUAUUACGGAAAACACUUCAUUAUCUGCAUUCUGGAAUUUUAAUGUCUGUACCCUGUAAACAGCAUUAUAUUUAUUCUUUUCCUUUUAAUCUUUCCUUUAUUUCGUA